CAUCCACGCGCCCCAAAUAGGACUCUAGGGGCGCCCCGGAGUGCCCAGGCUCCACUGCUCCACCCCCCCCCCGUGAUGGUCGCGGCGCCGCCCCACCUCGCCGGUUGCCGGGCUGCGAGCGUCGGACCCACGUCGCCUGCGCUGGGGACCCCGGGGGUCCUGGGUGCACCCCGCGCUGGCGCGCAGGCCUGCUCGAUGGGGGUCGCUGAGCGGGGCCCUCCACGUUCUGGAGCAGUCGGAGCGCUCGGGUAGGAAACAAACCCAGGCUGCACGGACCCCGGGGAUGCCACCUGGGGGCCGGGGUUAGGGGGCGUGAUUCCCCCUGUUAGGCGCGCAAGCCCCGGACUCGGAUCGGGCUCUGGUGCCACUUCCACUGCGGUAGCCGCGCGGAUGUCGCCCCCACUGGCGGCUGCGCCUAUGGAGGCCUCGCUUGUGGCAUCUGUACAAUGGGCUUCGUGCAAGCCCCGCCGCGCGCGGGCCUUGGAGCGGCGACAGUGACGCGAUGCUUCUAGAGCUUUCUGCACCAGGAAGCUACUGUCCUCUGGGGCCCCGGGCAGCAUGAAGCCUCCUGUGGAGGUGGCCAUGAGCGGGAUGCAGGCCCUGCAUCUUCGGCAGCGCUGCCGAGGCACCUGCCGGCUCAAGGCAAAGGCCUCCUACGUGGAUGAGACUCUGUUUGGCAGCCCCGCAGGCACUCGGCCCACCCCCCCAGACUUUGACCCACCCUGGGUGGAGAGAGCCACCACCACACAAGGAGCGGGCCCAGAGGCGGCACAGGCUUGUGGAAACGUCAAGACCACUUCCCAGGGUGGCACUCCCCUCCUUACCCCCAGGAAGAAGAAUAAAUACAGACUGCUGGGCCACACCCCCUCUUACUGCGAUGAGUCUCUCUUCGGCUCCAGACCCGCGGGGUCCCCUUGGGAGGCCCCUUGGAUGGCCAAGGGGGACACCGCGAAGCUCCACACCCUCUUCUGGACACCCCCGACCACCCCCAGGGGCAGCCGGCCGCUGCGCCCCAGGGAGACCCCCUUGCGGGCAGUGCACCCUGAGGGCCCCCGCAUGACGGAACCCGCCGUUCACCAGGGCUCCACGGACUCCGCGCGGCCUGCGAGGAGGGGGCGCUCCCACUCCCUCGACCACCUGAGAGUCCCCAGCACCAACCGCCUACCCCCCAGCACCCCCCUCACAAAUGGGGCUCCCGGUACCAGGCCUUCCACCUCGGGGGUGACCACCCGCGGCCUCUCGGCCACCCCCAGGGCUCGCUCAGCCAGCAUCUCUGCGCAGGCCACCCCCCGAAGAGGUGGGGCCACCCCAAAACCAAAGCCCCCUUGGAGGUGAGUUUCCUGGCCCUAUCGUCAGGAUUGCCCAAGGGGCACAGUUUUAAAGGAUGGGGACCCUCUGGGGAGACCCAGGGACACUGGGGAGUACUCCUGGGGGACACAGGUAACAAUCAGGAUGCUCCCUGCUUCCUCUCCACCGCCACCACCCCAAGCGAAUUUGAGGGCCAUCCUAUAAGAUGCUUGUCCCCCAGUCCUGUGCUAGUCAUGAGCAGAAUCAGUGCCAACCAAGGGCACUUGUGUGCCCAGGGCAGCACCCCCACCUCCCUGUCCCAGAGUGAGGAAGUGAAUACACUCACCCUCCCCAUCCCCCAGACUUCCUGACCAGGGGGUGCUUCAUAGUCAUGUAUUUAUUUUCUUCUAUUAAAUCUAUCAGUGAUUCAUCA